AAACAUCCUCUUAUCAAUGGUUCAUUGAAGGCAAAUGGAACAUUUUUUUUUAUCCACACCACAAGUAAUGUUGGCAAGUAGAUUCAUGAACGGCAAGUCACAGAGCAGAAUUGGCAGAGAGGAUCCGAUUCCCAACUGCCAAGGGUAAGAUCUUGGUUCUUUAAGGGAAAAAAAUGAAGAGGAACCAUAUGAUAAUGGAUAUUUUUGCAGACAAGCCCCUCAAGUGCCGUUGCAGCUGCUAAAGAGAAACCAAUAUCAGAUUUCAAACAGAAGCAAAUUAUUUCAUCAGCAAUAAAACCCAAAGCCCUGGAGGAUAUUGUGGAUAAUGAGUCCCAGCAUCUGUUGGCUUUGUAACUUAUUCCGAGAUGGCACAAAUGGAAUCACUUCUAAAAUGUGUCUGGAAGAAGUGCUACAGUGGUCUCAGUCUUUUGAAAAGCUGAUGGCUACUAAACAUGGGCGCAUAAUCUACAAAUCCUACCUGAAGACAGAAUACAGCGACGAAAACAUGGAAUUCUGGCUUGCUUGUGAGAACUUCAGAAAGAUAGCUUCACAAAAGAAAAGGAUUUCAGUGGCACAGAAACUUUUUCAGGACUACAUCCAGCCUCAGGCUCCAAGAGAGAUUAAUAUUGAUAGUCCAACAAGAGAAGCUAUUAUUACAAAUAUUCAACAACCAACUCCAUCCUGCUUUGACGAAGCUCAGAAAAUUGUUUACUGGCAUAUGGAACGGGAUUCGUACCCCAGGUUUCUUGGAUCAGAAAUCUAUCAAAACCUUAUCCGGGGUCUCACUGCUAGAAGGAGGGAGCCGUCAGUGCAUAUCAAAGAGAAAGAAUGAGAACUUGGAGCAUGCUGGUGUACCCAUCUCUUUUAAAAGACCUGAGAAACUAAAGCCACUCAGUGGCAAAACACACAUGUACGUAAUGGAUAUCUUUAUAUUACUAUUAUAAUUCUUUUCAACUUUAAAUUUUGCAAGGGAAUUAUAUUAAAUGGAAGCAUAACAAUCAUAUACAAAACAAGGGUCAACAGAAGGUUUGGCAUUUUAUUUGAUUCUGGAACCAUCACAGACCCAGGUAUACUUGAAAGAACACUCAUCUCUUAUUCAAAACCUGCUCAUUUACUCAUCACUGUCCGUUUUUUGUUACCUCUA